UCUCUCUCUCUCUCCUCUCUCUCUCUCUCUCGCGUCAAAGCUUUGUUGAAUAUUUCGAGCGGGUUAUUUCACAUGAAAACCCUGAUUUUGCAGACUGAUGGAAGGAAAUGAGAAAUUUCUUGAUUACAGAGUUGGCACUCUGCCAACUGUUUUAUACAUACCCAACUUCAUCACCGAUAAUGAAGAGAAUUUUCUUCUCAAUAAUAUAUAUGCAGCUCCUCCGUCAAAGUGGAAGUCAUUGAAGAAUAGAAGGCUACAGAAUUGGGGAAUGAUUGAAUUCUCGAAUUUACUCAAGGUUGGCGUAGACUUUGUGCUUUCAUUCUUAUUCAUGUCAAUUUGCUUUUCUGAUCUAUGUCUGUUGGCAGUGCCUCCGUGGUUAACAAACCUUACCCAGAAAAUAUGUGAACGAUCAGGACUAUUCCCAUCAGCAAUCAAUCAUGUUCUCAUCAAUGAAUAUCUAUCUAACCAAGGCAUAAUGGUUUGUGCUUAGCAUCAACACCCACUUUUAGCCAUUCAUUUGUAUU